AUCAGAUAGACUACUUAUAAAAAUAAAAAACAUUUGUGGAUUGAGAGGCAGGGGAGUCUCAAAAUUCACACACAAAUGUAGCAACUCAGGCAAGCAGCUUGGAAAUCAAGAGAUAUUUUUGUUAUACAAGUGUGGAUCUCCUCCUGUGAAUUUGUGAAUUAUGAGACAGUUUUAGCUCCAAAGAGUGGCGCCCCAAGUUUGGAAGGAACCAGUUUCAUCCUCUCAGAGGUUCCGUUCGGUCUGACCCGGAUGGACCCCAACGGAACUUCCGGGAAGCUAACAUGUCGACCAUUACGUCAGAGGUGAAGGUCAGCAGAGCGAACCGAACCGGUAGGUUUCACCAGAACCAGUGAGGCCAGCCACCGAACCAAGUGGUACAGAAUCAGCUCCCGGUUGCUCCAUUCAGAACCCAGUAAGACCCAUCCUGACCAGAACCAUCAGAACCAAGGCUCUUUGCUGUGGACUGGAGCUGCUUCAGUUUCAGUCCAGAGAAGUUGACCUCUGACCUCUGACCUCUAAGUCACUGAAGUUCUGCAGGAGAACUCGGCUUCAGAGGCAGAUUCUGAUGGAGCCGGCCCGGCCCGGCCCAGUGUACCUGAGGAGCACGACGGCGGUUUCCCUGAACGAGCGCUUCUCUCAGCUACUGAUGACCCGGCUGACCCGACCCGGCAGGCCCGGUUUCAGGAGCCGCAGGAGGAGAGCGGCGCUGGUUCAGGCUCCGCCCACCUGCCAGAGGAGGCGGCUGCGUGUGAGGGGCAGCGUGUGGACCCGACUGGGGGGUCCGCUGCUGACCCGCGGGCCGACCCGACGGCGCUGGUUCUGGAGGCGCCCCGGGUUCUGGAGCUUCAGGAGGAAGUACACCUGGAGUGGCAGGUGCAGCGCCCCCUACAGGAGAAGGAAAGCACCGUCAGAGGUCAGAGGUCAGAUACAAGCCAGGCUGGCGGGUCGGGGCCUCAGACCAGCAGGGGGUCUCUUGGACCCAACCGGUCUUCUUCUCUGCUGCUUCUCCACAGGACGGGGGAUCCCGCUGAGUCGGCUGGGACAGCGCCGCCUGGUGGAGACAUCGGACCUCCAGAACCAGACUGAAGGAGGGCGGGGUCGCACGUUACGGAGGGGCGGGGCCACGGUCUCAAAGGGGCGGGACUUUGUCCCAAAGCAGCAGUUGGAUGCUGAGCUGGAUGAGUACAUGUCUCUGUCCAGAAGCAGGCUGGACCGGCAGCUGGACGACUACAUGUCCAUGUCCCGCAGACGCCUGGACCAGGAGAUGGACGAGUACAUGCUGAUGGCAGGCCAGUGUCUGGAGGACUGAGGGGCGGGGCCUGGUUUUAUUUUCUCUAAGCAGCAGAGAUCUGGCUGCUGAUUGGUUCCUGAGCUUCAGGUCUGUCUCUGGAGGCUUUUGUUUGUUCUCUGAUUGGUUGCUGUAUUUUUGUAUACUUCACUGACCUCUCUCUGCGUUGGAGAUCUGAGUUCCUGAAGCUGCACUUUUGUUCUCAAAGUUUGAAAAUAAAUGUGAAUAAAUUAUGUUUCCUUUA